UUUUAUUAUAAGCUACGACGAGGCUUUCGUACACAGUCAAUAGAGGAGAAGACCUUGUGAUGUGUACAUCAGUUUGAUAGUGCCAAGUUCAUCUUACGCCUUGUCCCCCCAUAUCGUGAACAAUUACUCGAAUCUAGCCUUUGACAUAAGGUGUGAAAUUAGAGCUUCCCUUCUGAUCAAAAGGACUUGUAACAUUUCAGCCAUGGAUGCUCUCCCCCAAAAGUACAUGAUUGGUGAACACUUCUUGAAUGCCCCAGCGGCAGACCAAGAUGCACCCAUCGCAACCGAUCAUUUUUUUUCUGCUGAUCAACAAUUAUUGAUGACCGCAACAAAUGCUACAGAGAUGCCUAAUGUUGUUGGGCGUAAUCCAUUUCCCAUGAUAAACACAGAUCAUGUGUACCACUUGAAUCAGAGGACUUUGGAUUUGAAAGAAAUUUCUGGAUCUACUAAUGGCCUAUUACCAAUCGUCCCAUCAAGGUUUGUUUCCCAGGACCAGCUGGCCCAUGUCAGCAUUGAAUUGCCAGACUCUGAAAAUGCAGAGGAAGUGGAGGAAGAAGAGUUUACUCUAGAUGAAAAUGGUCCCAUUUUAAUGAUCCAGGACGCCCUCUGUGAAAACGAUGACCAUAAUGGCUACAUUGAACAAGGUUUAGAUGAAGGGCUUCGUGAAGUGAUUCAGGUGAUAAAUGAGAAUGACUGCAUUCGGUCAGUUAAUUUUGUUGCCGUCGAGUCGGAAAAAUCCAAAAAUCCACCUUAUAUGAUAGGAGACGAGUCCAAGAUUGUUACAAAGGAUAACGAACCAAUCAAAUUCUGUCUCCAGGGAGCAAAAGUUAAUCAGACUGUGAUUGCAACUUUACGAUACACUGAGGAGAAGUUCAAGAAUAACCCAGUCCAUGCAUGCAAGCUUCACCGUAAGGAUGACAAUGCCUUUGCUUUUAUUCUCUCUGCAGCAGGUGAAGAAGUCAAACAGGAAAAGGACAGUAUUCUAGAGCAUCCUACUGUGUAUUUUCAAUUGCAAGCAGAUAAUUUGGUCUUCGAUGGAUCUUUUACUUUCUACAUUACGAUGCUUUGCUUGAACUCCUGUCAUAAAAGUGAUGGCAAGAGAGUCGAACUUGUCUUGAAAGUUCUUGAUGGAAAUGAGGAACGACCCAUCAAAGAAAAUAGAUUCAACAUGCGAGUCUGCAGGAAUGUCAAGCGUGACUUCCGUGAAGCAUUUCCAGAUGGUGCAUUUCCACCACAGAAAAUAUCAAAACCUGAGUCAUUCUUAAGGAAAAGGGAAACCCAGGAUGAGCCCGUUGUCACCCAAGAAGAAGCUCAGCCAGUAGACCAGAAAGUGAAUGUUGUCAGAAUGAGUCUCCCAGAGCAAAAGGCCCCUGAGGAGAAAGUUGUCAUUCGCAAGAAGAGGGCUCAACCCAAAGCUCCCCAAGGAAAUAAGUUUUACUUGGUGCAGUUGCCCACACCUGAAAUAGAGAAGAAUGUUUUGCAGACGGUCAAGUUGUUUGGUGGAACAAUCCUCAACUUGGAGACAAUUUAUCCCCUCGAGGAGAGCAGUGACGACCCUGAUGUGGAUGCAUCCCCUUAGUGAUUGAUUGACUGGGGAUUCGCUAAAAGCAGUGACAUUACCUGUGCAGAAAAUUUUGCUUGUAUGAUAAGUACUUUGAGCUUUGAUUCUUUGUUUUCUGUAUAUUAGAUUUUACUAGUUCUAUUUGAUUUCGAAAAGGGCUGUCUUUUAUAUUUAAAUUAAGGAGUGGUGAAGAGGAUAUUGGAACUAUUUUAAAAUUCAUAUACAAAAUUCAGUCGUUUAUGCAAUUGUUUUAAUAUGAUUUGAAAUUUUGCACUUCCUACUUACUAGUGCAUAAGACUUAUGUUUUGGUUGAAGUUGAAGUUGAGAAUGAUCAAAGACUUUUAUUUAGUCAUAUAUUUCAUGUAGUUAGUAUAUAUGUAAAAUAAGGAAAGAAUAGUCAAAUCUGUGAUGUUUCUGAGAGGAUAGAAGUUGGCUGUGAAUCAUGUGAUUUGGAAAAAAAAUUGUUUGUAUCAUGUUUAGAAAAUAUGACUCCCCUUUGUUAUUUUAGCCAGGUCAUUUAACUGUGUAAACAAAGUUGCCUGUGAGCCAAAAUGAAGGAAGUUUAAUGUCACCGCUAGUUAGCUUUAGAGCAUUGAGAGUAAUUUUGUACCUCAUGAAAAUGGCUGUAUUCAUUAUUACAGUCGCCAACUCUCAAUGAAAAAUGUAGAUUUUAGCUUUUGGUUGUCACCAUAAUUGAUUGAAGUGCUCAAGAUUUUGUGCCUUGAAAAGGCAAAGUCACUUUUGGUUUCAUGAUUGCACACAGUGAUGACCAAUUUACUCAUAAUUCUGAAUGUUGUUGUUAAGUGUCUACUGUUUGCAACUGCAUGAAUAAAGUCAAUUGAGGGUCCAGCAUUGCAAAACUCCAUGAAGAAGCUAGGAAUGUUGAUGUUGCAUAACUGUGGUUAAAAUUCUGGAGGACUUAUUCAAAAAUUUCUUCUGUGAAGUUGAAGUACAAUUGAAGUACAAAUGAGGUUGCACAAGGAUUUUAUUUGUCUUUUUAACCAAAUACUGGAAGUGUCUGGGUAAUAGUGUACCUUUCCAACACAAUACCGGUAAUUUAAAGUAUAUAAUGUCUUUUGCAUUAUGACAUUCCAGGUUAGUGGAUUAAGAAUCUUUUGCUAGCUGCAUUUUGUUCAAAGCCAUGAAACCACAUUCAGAAAAGUGUUCGUGGUAAAUAGCCACAACAAAAUUUAAAGUAAUAUUUUAUGUUAAAUUACAGUAUCUAGGUAUACUUAUUUGUUUCAUUUUUUUUUUUUUUAGAUUAUUCCAAAGAAUAUUGUCAUUUAGUUGAUAUUUUAGUGCAUUCAACAGAGUUUUUCCAGGCAGAACGCUUCAGUAGUAUUAUUUUUCUUUUUGAUAAUUCUGCUUAAUGUUUUGCCCCUGCGGAGGUCACAGCACAUGAGAAUCACUAUCAGCCAGUGAAAGAAUUUCAAACACUGAUUUGGUUGCUAGUUUUAAAGAUAGUUAUUGUUUUUGAGAGAGCUGAAGUAGCUUCAAAUUAAAGAUUUUGGAAUGCAGGUUUUGAAAUGAAUUUCAUUUUUUGAAAGGUGAAUGGUAAGAUUGAGUCAGUUUGCAAAAAUGCAGUGCAAAGUUUUGUUUACUUAUUUUUAUAUAUGUAUACAAACAUAUUUCCCGAAGCACCAAAGGUGUUAAGUAUUAGUCAAUGUUAAAUGAAACAUUUGUUUUCAAGACAAUUCUUUCAUUGAAAUAGGAAGGCACUGAAUACUACUGAGUGUUGUGGAAGUCAAAACAAAUAGAGUCAUCCAUCCAAGGAAGAGGUGUCUUGUGGUUUCAGAAUAGAUGGCAGGAAAGAUGUAUUGGAAUGGAAGGUUCAUAAUAUCUGGUAAAUCUUAUCAUAAAAAUAGACUUUCAGUUCUUGUUCAGACGUCAUUUUAACACUGGCAUUUGUUACUUAAUCUUUAUUACAGACGUGGCCUGAAGGUUUAGUGAAUUGUUACUGUAUUUCCAUUUUUCAGAAAAUUGCUCACAUAUUAUAAAGGAAAAUAAAGCACUUUCAUGAGGUUAUGCAGUGAGAUCUCAGGCAGUCCCUGGGUUACGGCAGUCUUGGGCUAUGACGCUCAGACUUCCCAUUAUUAUUAUGAUGUUCCGGUUUAUGUACUGUGUUUUUUAGUAUACGUAUGGCACGCCGCCAGGAAUGGAACCUGUUGCCAUUUAACAGAACUUUCAAUGAUAGCUUGAAAAAUAUGGAUGAUUAUAUCUUGGAAAUGUGGAAAAAAUCAUAUAGUACAGGUAUUCAUAUUUUAAUGGAGGAAAUAUGUUAUUAGUGAAGAUCUCAUUGAUGUAAGUCAUAUAUUUUUCUAUGUAGUCUGUACUCAUAAAUAUUAACUAAUGCGUUACUAAAAUGAAUAUAAAAUUAUAUUUGCAAACAGUGCCUGAGUGCUCUCUUCCUCAUUAGCAUUGAAAAAUAUACUUUUAUAAAAAAUAGAGAAUUUAAUAAAAAAACUUUUGGUGACCAUAGGGGAGAGAGAAAAAGAGAUUGUUUGGUAAGCAAGUAAUGACAAGGUGAUUAGGUAUAAGCAUAUACUGCGAUAAUCUGUGAUGGAACUUGUAGGGAAUCAGUCAUGAUGAUAAGGAUGGAAGGGAAAGAGGAAAGGCCCAACAGAAAAUAGACAAUAAAACUACAUAUAGGUUUAAGAAGAUGAUUGAGGAAUAGAAAAAAUUUCUUUUUUUGUUACCAAUAGAAACUUGAGAAUGCCAGAGAGUGUUGUGUCCUGCAGAGGUGAAAUUGCAAAGAGUAAUUAUGAAACUGGAGACCUUUAGCUCUUAAAGCUGAUGAUGAUGAGGUUUAAAUUUGGUUUUCUAGUUUCGUGUCUUCUAAUGUCUGCACACGGACAGAAAUGAGAACAUUAAUGUGAAUGUUGAUUGCACUAAAAUAAUAAAUACAGCACACAUCAUUUGGCUGGUGAAAUACCACCUCCUCAGUGUGGAAUUGUUUGAUGUGGCAGAGCUUGAGGAAUCUUUAGAGCUUUUGCUGUUGAGGGAGCAGCAGAAGAAAAAGUAUAUUAAUUGUUUUUUGGAAAAGUGAAGAUGAGAUGAAAGGCUCAAACAAGCUGUCAUAGUUAUUCAUAUGUGUAAAUGGAAGUGUUGAAUAGAUUGAAAGAGAAAAGGUUACAAAUGUGAAAUGUGUCUACUGAUCUGUUAGUCGUUGGUGCUCUCGCUUUGAUGGGGAAUGCUUGUUGGAGUUGGUACAAGAAUUGAUGACAAUUAGGUAACUUGCACAUUGUUGUAUGAGUGAAUAAUGACCCCUUUGGUGCCUUCAUGGAAAUUAGUAUUUAAGGUUACAAGUACAAUAGUCAUUUCUUAUAAAUACUUAAGGUUUUAUUUUAGUUUUUACCUGAUAAUAAUAAGUUCAGUGUUGAUUAGUUGCUGUCCAACUUAAAACCAUUAGAUUGACUUGGAGAAGUUUGUAAAUGCCAGCUGGAGAGGGUUUUCUUUUACUGUUGAUUUGAUGUUCAGUGUUAUGUAUUAUGUAGUUGGUUUUUUACCUCCCCAGUCUUUUACAUGUGUAAUAAUUACCAGUAUUAAAACUUCUAUGUGAAAGAUGACCCUCCACUAAGUCAUGGCCUACUAUUCAUCACAGUUAAUGUAUUUGGGCUUUAAUGCCUUGUACUGAUUCACAAUAAAAAAAAAUAAUUUU